AUGAAUGAAGGCAGCGUCUCCAUUAUGCACAGCCCGUCCCCGGUGCAGGUUCUGGUGGGAACGAGUCACCUUUUUCUUCUGGACUCACUUCCAGGUGCAGCUGCAGGGGACGAUACUGAAGAUGCUAGUACCGAGUUCACCGACAGCAUCGAGGAGGAGGCUGCACACAACAGCCACCAGCAGCUCAUCAAGGUGGCUUUGGAGAAGAGCCUGGCAGCUGCAGAGACCCAGAACAUGUGCCUUCCCCCUCCUUCCUCGACAGGAGGGGAUGGUAACAGGGGUCUUCAGGAGGAAAUGCUCCACCUGAGGGCUGAGAUCCACCAGCACUUAGAGGAGAAGAGAAGAGCUGAGGGGGAACUGAAAGAGCUAAAGGCUCAAAUUGAGGAAGCAGGAUUCUCCUCUGUGGCCCACAUCAGGAAUGCCAUGCUGAGCCUUUGCCUUGAGAAUGCAGAGCUGAAGGAGCAGAUAGGAGAAGCAAUGUCUGACGGAUGGGAGAUAGAGGAAGACAAGGAGAAGGGCGAGGUGACGCUGGGAACUGUGGCAACCAAGGGGGGUCUGAAUGAGAGUAGCCUUCAGGCCGAGUUCAGAAAGCUCCAGGGAAAACUGAAGAAUGCCCACAGCAUCAUCAGCCUCCUCAAAGAGCAGCUGGUACUGAGCAGCAGGGACAGCGAUAGUCCACUUAGUCCAGAGCUCCUCGUGCGCCUGGCCCAGGAGAUCGACAGGAUGAGUGCAGAGCCGGGCUGUUUUCCUGAGAAGUCCCGAUGCCAAGAAGAGGAGCACGUGACCACGAAGCCCUGCCCCAGGCCCCAGAGCCUCAACCUUGGGGCUGCCCUCGCAGGGGCUGCCGAUCAACUGGAUAACCAGCCCCAGGCCAGAGACCCCGGGCCUCAGUCAGAAUGUGGCCUUCCUGGAUCCACCAAGCACCUGCGCUCCCAGCUGGCACAAUGCAGACAGCGCUAUCAGGAUCUCCAGGAGAAGCUGCUGAUCUCCGAAGCCACGGUCUUUGCCCAGGCCAAUCAGCUGGAGAAAUACCGAGUCAUGCUUAGUGAAUCCCUGGUGAAGCAGGACAGCAAGCAGGUGCAGGUGGACCUCCAGGAUCUGGGCUAUGAGACAUGUGGCCGAAGCGAGAAUGAGGCCGAGCGGGAGGAGAGCACCAGUCCUGAGUGCGAGGAGCACCUGAUGGGCUCACCGCUGGCCAGCCCCCCUGGGAAAAAGCCCUUGGAGAGCCAUCGAGGGAAGCAGGAGUUCCAGGCGUGUGGAAAGUCAGAAGACAUCUCUGUCCUCCAUAAGGACAUCAGAGACCUGAAGACCCAGCUGCAGAACGCCAACAAGAUCAUUCAGAACCUCAAGAGCCGGGUGCGGUCCCUCUCAGUGACAAGCGAUUAUUCAUCUAGUCUGGAGAGACCUCGAAAGCUGAAGGCCGUUGGCGCCCUCGAGGGAUCCUCCCCUCAUAGUGUCACUGACGAGGAUGAGGGGUGGCUGUCCGAUGGCACUGGGGCUUUCUACCCCCCAGGGCUUCAGGCUAAAAAGGAUCUGGAGAGUCUGAUCCAGAGAGUGUCCCAGCUAGAGGCCCAGCUCCCGAAAACUGGAACGGAAGGGAAGCUGGCCGAGGAGCUGAGGUCAGCCUCGUGGCCUGGGAAAUAUGAUUCCCUGAUUCAGGAUCAGGCCCGAACUAUCCUACCUACGCCAGAAGAUAAGAGAAGGGAGAGGUAUCUGUUAUCUUCUCACCCAGCAUGCAAAAGAUACGUAAAAUCUUUUGAGGACCUUCUUAGGAGCAAUGACAUUGACUACUACCUGGGGCAGAGCUUCAGGGAGCAACUUGCCCAAGGAAGCCAGCUGACAGAGAGGCUUACCAGCAAACUCAGCACCAAAGAUCACAAAAGUGAGAAAGAUCAAGCUGGACUCGAACCGCUGGCUCUCAGGCUCAGCAGGGAGCUUCAGGAGAAGGAGAAGGUGAUUGAAGUCCUGCAGGCCAAGCUGGAUGCCCGGUCCCUCACGCCCUGCAGCAGCCACGCCUUGUCAGACCCCCAGCGCUCUCCCAGCAGCUCCUCCUUCCUGUCUGAUGAGCUGGAGGCCUGCUCUGACAUGGACGUAGCCAGCGAGUACACACAUUACGAAGAGAAGAAGGCUCCGCCCAGUCACUCAGAUUCCAUCCACCAUUCGAGUCAUUCUGCUGUACUGUCUUCUAAACCAUCAGCAACCAGUGCACCUCAGGGGGUUAAGGCCGAACCCAGCAGCAACCCCAUCAGCUUGCCAGCUCCCCAGAACCCCCCCCAGGAGGCCAGCCAGGCCCAUCCAGGCCUUCAUUUUCCCUCCAUACCCUCGCUGGCUAGCCUUCCCCAGGCACCACUGCCCUCAGCUCCACCCAGCUUCCUGCCCUUCAGCUCCACUGGCCCUCCCCUCCUUGGCUGCUGUGAGACACCCGUGGUCUCCUUGGCACAGGCUCAGCAGGAACUGCAGAUGCUGCAGAAACAGUUGGGAGAAAGCAUCAGCACCGUCCAUCCUGCUUCCCCAGCUGUGCUGCCGAGCAACCAUGUAGAGGCCAGCUCCUCCCGCUACCUCAACCCUGCCCAGCCCCACUCACCUCUGAGAGGCAGUACAGAACUGGGCAGAAUCCUGUCCCCUGGCUACCUUGGCAGCGGCAGCCAGUGGGAUGUGAUGAGGCCUCAGAAAGGGAGCGUGGCAGGCGACCUGUCCUCAGGCUCAUCCGUGUGCCAGCUGAACUCCAAACCCACAGGGGCUGACCUGCUUGAGGAACAUCUUGGUGAGAUCCGGAACCUGCGCCAGCGCCUGGAAGAGUCCAUCUGCAUCAACGACCGCCUGCGGGAGCAGUUGGAGCACAGGCUUAGCUGUGCGGCCCGCGGGAACGGAUCCACGUCUAAUUUCUACAGUCCCAGCCUGGAACCCACACCUCAGCUCUACAACGAGAACAGAGUCCUUAAGGAAGAAAACCGGAGCCUUCAGGCUCAGCUGAGUCAUGUUUCCAGAGAGCGCUCCCAGGAGACGGAGUGCCUGAGGGAGGCCCUGCUGUCCUCUCGGUCCCGGCUUCAAGAGCUGGAGGUGGAGCUGGAGCACCAAAAGGGGGAACGGCAGCAGCUUUUGGAAGACUUAAAAGAGAAGCAGCAGGAGAUCUUGCGUUUCCAGGAGGAACGACUCUCCCUCCAAGAGAAAGACUCCAGGCUGCAGCACAAGCUGGCCCUCUUGCAGCAACAGUGCGAAGAGAAACAGCAGCUCUCUCAGUCCCUCCAGUCAGAGCUACAGAUCUACGAGGCACUUUAUGGCAACUCCAAGAAGGGGCUGAAAGCUUCCACCUGGGAUGCCUGUCACCAGGUCCCUAUGAACAGUGACCUGAGCCACCUGGUGGCAGAGAUCUGAGCUUUGCGAGGGCAGCUGGAGCAGAGCAUCCAGGUGAAUAACUGUCUGCGGCUGCAGCUGGAACACCAGCUGGAUGGCGGGGGGAGCACAGCCCGCCUCAGUCCUUCUGCCAACCAGGAGGACCCUGGAAACAAGCAGCCACUCUUCCAAGAUCCAGUUGCUUCCCCUCCAGUCCGAGAUGUUGGCAUGAAUUCUCCAGCUCUCGUGUUCCCUAGCUCUUCUCCUGCUGCUCCUGGCUCGGAGACUGCCAUCUUCAAUAGGACAAAUGAGCUGGGUUUGGACGCUUCUCCAGUAAUGAAGAACCCCGCCAAGCUAGAGGGUGAAGCUACUGAUGGUUCCUUUGCCAAUAAGCAUGGCCGCCACGUAAUUGGCCACAUUGAUGACUAUAGUGCCCUAAGACAGCAGAUUGGGGAGGGCACACUGCUGGUCAAAAAGAUAGCAGCAUUUGUGAGAUCAGCCUGCACCUUCCCUGGCCUUGAAGCUCAGGGCACAGAGGUGCCAGGCAGCAAAGGCAUCCAUGAACUCGGGAGCAGCGCACAGGCCCUGCAGCACACACUGGAGGAGUCAGCCUCCCUCCUCACCAUGUUCUGGCGAGCAGCCCUGCCAAGCCCCCCCAGCCCUGCACCGGCUGGCAACUCGGGACAGUCCCUGAAAAGGGAACUUCUGGAACUGAGAACCAAACUGUCCGCACAGGAGAAUCUCCUUCAGAGCACAGCUGAGCGUCUGAAGACCGCCAACCAGCAGAAGGAGACCAUGGAGCGGUUCAUCUUCAGCCAGUUGACCAGGACACAUGACGUGUUGAAGAAGGCAAGGACAAAUUUGGAGGCCAAGUCAGGAGUCCGAGGAAAGCAAAAGAACACUUACAAGAUGGCCUCUGUAAAGCCUUAUUCCUGUCCCAGCAAAGGUGAAGUGCCUGAGGGCUCUGCCAGGCACCCCAGUCUUGUGACCCUUGCCUUCCAGGAGUCACGCAAGAAGAGGAGCCUGCAGAGAUCCUUCAAGCAGCAAGAAGGAUGGGCCCACCCCCCCGUGGUGCAACUCCCACCUGCUGAUGAGACCUGGGCCCCACUCCUGCACACCUGUUGGAGGGUGCAGGAGGAGCCAGACGCGUGGCCCAGUGCAGGAGGGCGGAAGGUAGAGAGCCUGUCCUGCGGUUAAGGAGCACCAUCAAGAGAACCACCAGCCAGGGUGCCCUGGGCCUAGCCCUGAGCAGAACAGGCACGGUUUGUACAGGGCCUUGUGACCCUGCUUCUAAACGCCACACUGGCCUGGGAACUCGCAAUGGCCACUUCUCGCUUCAGUGCCCUUCCUCACGUGGUCACCCAGGGGAAACAGGACCCUGCUCCCUACGGAUGGGACACGCGGUCCCCACACGGGAGCUCCUCAGCAGUUCUAAAGCACACGAGUGACAGCGGUGCCCUGAGGGACAGUGGGGCUCAGCCGGCACUACUCCCAGACGUACGCUUGCUCGGGGCCAGCUCAGCCCGGCCAGCGUGGGCUGGGCGUCCGUCUACACUGCAGCACCCGAGUGCUUUGAAUCCACGUGGCGAAAGUGGUGGCUUCCCACGUGCAAUGUCCCGCUUAGCCUGGCGCCUCCUAUUUCCAUUUAUGGCCUCCGAAGUGUGGCGAUGACCGCGGCCUAGUUACGCUGUCCCCUUUUAAAUAAGUCCUCUCUGGGGACCUGGGACUCGUGGCCAGACCAAGCCCAUCGAGAGUCCUCUGUAAGACAACCCAGUGAUCAUACUUAAGUGGCACCUGAGAGGCCCCCAGUUGUGUGAAAGCCUCGUCUGUAUCUUCCCAGUGCUUUAGAACGCGUGUCUGUCUGUAUAAAUGUACCAUAGAUAUUUCUAUCUGUCGCUAUAGCGAUAUGUUUUGGGCAACAUAACUGGUGGACAGAGUCUGUUAGAGGAAAUGAAACACAGUCUUUUCGGUGGCUAUGAAAGUAAAACGUGUAUAAAGAAAUCAAA